UGAUCAUUAUUGACAUCAUUGUAGCGUGAAGUGAAUUAUUUUUUCACAAAAAAAAUUUAAUUAAAAGAGUGCAAAAAAUGUUAUUUGAAAAGUUACUUUUAUGUUGUACAAUAGCUUUAGUGGCUUCUGAUCCCAUAGUAAGUCUACCAAAAGGUCAAGUACGAGGCGUUACACUGUCAAGCGUCAACAAUAGAACAAUUCAUGUUUUCCGCGGCAUACCUUUUGCCAAACCACCGAUUGGAAAAUUAAGAUUUAAAACUCCUGAUGAACCUGAACCUUGGACAGAUAUACUUGACGCCAUAGCAGAUUCGAAUAUUUGCUUUUCCUGUGAAUAUAACUCUGAAAAAGAAUCCGAAGACUGUCUAUAUCUCAAUGUUAUAACGCCUGCGCUAGAACUGAAUGAAACAUCCAAGAAACUGCCUGUUUUAUUUUCAAUAUAUGGGGGUGGAUUUCGUGCAGGUUCCGCUGGUUAUGGUAAUCAUGCGCCUGACUGGUGGGCCGAAAACGAUAUAAUUUAUGUGAAUUUCAACUAUAGAGUUGGUGCAUUUGGCUUUCUUACAACCGGAGAUUUGAAACUACCAGGCAAUUAUGGAUUAAAAGACCAACAGUUGGCCCUGAAAUGGACUUAUGAAAAUAUACAUUUGUUUGGAGGUGACAAAGAUCAAAUAACCAUACAUGGACAAAGUGCUGGAGGUGCAUCAGUUACCUAUCAGAUUUUGAAUAAGAAGUCUGCUGGAAUGUUUAGAGCAGCAAUAGCUGAAAGUGGUUCGGCUUUUUCUGGUUGGGCUUAUACAAGGCCUGGUGAUACUUAUGCUGUGGAUUUAGUCUCUAUCAUGCAAAAUGGGACUCAACCCUCUGAUAAUAGUAGUACAUUUAUAUAUGAUUAUCUGAGUAAGGCUAAUGCUAAAGGGAUUGAUCUUGCUACUGAGCCACUUUUUAAAGCUGGUAAAGAUGCUUUGCCUACAAUUGAACCUAAGCAUGAGGAUGCUUUUAUCACGGAAUUACAAUAUUCUCUCAUGGAAAAUGGAGAUUUUAACAGAGUACCAUUGAUUAUUGGAAUUAAUUCUGAAGAAAAUAUUUUUAAAGCUGCAGACCUUAAUUCUUUCAAAAAAAAGGCCGAAACAUAUGACAAAAAUCCAGCAACGCUUUUACCUAAAAGUUUGGGAGUCCUUAGUGCUGAAAAUGAAACAUUGGUCGGUCAAACUAUGAAAGAUGUUUAUGCUGGAACUGGUAGAAGUUUUUCAGAAAAUUUGGGAGGCUUAGUUGCAUAUCUUAGUGACAAUAGUUACACGAGGCCAACAAUAAAGUUUGCAGAAAUGCAAUCUCAGUAUACAGAUGUAUGGUUUUAUCAAUUUUCCUAUAAAGGUAAAAUGGGACAUCAACUGGAUAUUAAUAUUCCAGGUGCAGAGAAAGUAGCUCACGGUGAAGAAGUCCAUUAUUAUACCGUUUACAAGGAUGAAAAUUACGACAAUACCAAAUUCGGAGAUUUUCCUAAGAAUGACGUUCUAACCCAUUUUAGAAUUAUCGAAUUGUGGUCUAAUUUCAUAAAAUAUUUAGACCCAACUCCUAAUUCAAGCACAUUGUUGUCAAACAUAACCUGGCCAGUGAUAACUCCCGUAAACUAUACAUAUUUAAAUAUCAAUGCCACCCUAGAAUUGCGGACAAGCCCAAAAUCGCCUCGAUAUACGAUUUGGAAGCAAGUGUUCGAGACGUUCGGAUCAAAGCCGUAUUUAGGAUUUUAAUUGUUAAUUGUGUUGUGCAAUAAAUAAAAUAGGUACAUAUUCGAUGAACUAAAAUAUAAAUUGUUCCGGUUUGCACCAGAUUGUACCC